UUCCUGCUACUGAUAAUGUCUAUAAAACAACAUAAUAAUGGUGAUUAUGACUGCAUCAAAUUUAGACCAUCUAACCAACUUCUCUCAUUCUUUAUCUUCCUCCAGGCGUUGGCUGCUGGUGCCUUUGACCCAUCAUCAUCAAGGUUUGAACUGAGAGUAGCCGUUAGGAAAGGAUACUUCAACAAAUACGCAGAUAUCCUCUCGGGUCAAUGGUUGACCGAUACAUCAGCAGAAUUCACCGCCGACGCAACAGAAGUCCUCAACUACUGCAAAACGAAAUACCCAGACACAGAGAUAAACAACAUAGUGGACAGCAGUCAGCCCAUAUUGAUUGACCAGUGGUGUCCGGUCAACGGAGAUGCAUGUACAAGCUCGGCAAAGGUCACCUACUACAGAUGCCUGGUUGGCCCGUUCGAGAGCGAUGCCCUCAUGGUCUACAAUGUGUGCAAGUUUUACCACAAGCAUGAUGAGAACACAUGCAGGGAGCCUGAAUACUGGAAAGGGGUAGCGGACGAGGACUGCCGAGGCAAGAAGAUGGGCAUCAACUCGACCGGCAUGCUCCUACCCUGCCAGACGGAUAAAUUCAAGGGGGUGGAGUACACCUGCUGCCCCCCUCCCACCUACCGGCCGAUGACCGCCGGGGAGGAGGAGACCGAGGUGGAGGAGGAAGAGGAGGAGGCCGAGGCUGAGGCCGCCGCUGCAGGAGGGGAGACUCAGGCUCAGGUCCAGGAAGAGUUGCCGGUUCAAGCCCCAGCCCCAGCCCCAGAGAGGGAUAAUGUUGUUGCUAAGCCACAGAUCACAAGCAACAUCCUGGAUGACCCCUACUUCUCUGAGCAAGGGCUCGCCGGCAGGGUGGAGAAGAAGGAAUACAGCAAUGCCAAGGGCCGUCUCUCAUCAAACCAGAAAGCCAAGAUGGCCAGGGUCAUGCAGCAAUGGCAGGAAGCACAAGAGCACUACGAGACACUGAAGGCCAAGGACCCAGAGGCUGCUGAGCAGAUGAGGAAGGAGAUGACCCAGAGGUUUGAGCAGACGAUCGGUACCAUGGAAACGGAGAACGCAGAAGAGACGGAGGAGCUUAGAGAAGCCCAUCAGGUCCACAUCGCAGUCAGCCUACGUGAGAAGAUUAAUGCAUCGUAUGAGGCGUACAGGUUCACAGUCGACGUCCCUAAACCAAAGUCGAAGAAGAUCCUUCACUCCCUGAGGCGCUACCUCCACGCCAUCCAGAAGGCCAGGCAACAUUACAUCAUCCACUACAAGCACCUGCGCAAGACAGACCCCAUGAAGGCGGAUCAGCACAAGCGCUUCACCCUCAACAAGCUCAAGACUCUGGACAUCGAGGUCGCACAGAGCGUAGACCUGCUCCAGAAUCUACCAGACCUCUACGCAGAGCUCAAGCCUAAAGUUGAUGCUCUCCUGGACAGCACCCACGACACUCCAGAAGAUGCAGCUCUCAUCCGAGCUACCGAGGAGGAGGAAGAGGUGGAGGAGGAGGAGGUGAUGAUUGCCCAGGCCAAGGUGACGGAAGCACCACCUGCCCCCCAGCGCACCGAGCUGGAACCGGUAGCAGAGAUCACGGAACCAGAAGUAGCCGAUGAAGUGAUCUCACAGGCAGAGGAGGAAGAAUUGGAAGAAGUGGAGGAAUUCCUGGAAGAGGACACGGAAGCCCCAACCGUCUCUAGGAGCUUCGAGACCAAACCAAGCACCCUGGCCAAGACUAGCCCAGCCCAGACUAAGCCUAGUCCAAGCCAGACCAAGCCCAGGACCUCUACAGCUACACAGACAGAGCCAGAACCACCCACGCCCAGCAGAGACACCGAGCCAGAGAUAGAGCAAGAGACAGAGAUCCAGGUCCCAGCAGAAAAUGUACAGAUUGUUGCAGUAAAACCUAUUGAGAGUUAUUUAGACGAGGAGCUCACCGCUCCUCUUGAUUCCGACGUCGUCAAGCCCCAAACCCUGAUCAUAGCCCAGAAACCUAAAGCUAAGGUGGAGAAGUCUGCGGCCGCUGCUAGGAUGGAGAAACAGAGAUUGGUCGGCAGGCAGGAUGUCAAUAGCAUUGAUAACUCUGUCACUAAAAAGCGCAUGUCGCUGAGGUACGAGCCCAUGAUGGCGUUUGGACUUGCAUGCGGAGUGCUUGCCGUGGCCACGGUACUCGUCAUCGCGGUCCUCAUCGUUAGGAGGAAGACUCGACGAACGCCCGUCAAUAGCGGCUUCACCGAGAUCGACCCUAACCUAACAGUCGAGCAGAGGCAUAUUGUGGCCAUGCAGCAAAACGGAUACGAAAACCCAACAUAUAAGUACUUUGACAUGCAGUAGCUAGCUUGUGACGGAGAGUCGACCAAAAAAUAGAUCGCCCUCUAUUGCUGAACUGUGUAUUCCUGCACCUUUGUUUAUUUAUACUGGACAGAAAAUCAUCUAGCACAGAAAUAGUAUAACAUUCUCGCGGACGACCGGAUAAUCGCCCAUCAUAUCGGCUCGCUUUCCACAAGAGUAAUCUCCUAUAUAGUACUACUGCUCACAUGAUUAUGGUAGUUAAUAUAAAGUGUGUAUCGCUACAUCUAGGAUUGCAAACAUAUUACUCUUAAAAGGCAUUCAACUCGUUAUGAAUAGCACAGUAUAUUCCUAUAUAUUCUGAGUACUUCAUCGAGAAUUAUUCACUUGCUUUUUUCCACCACAUCUAUAUAUAUGUUUGUGUAUAUCAGUAUCACAACCUGUGUUUACGAAAAUAUACCCCUUUUCCUCUAUUAAAGAAAGAAGCUUUUAAGCACUGCAAUAUUAAAUGUACAGUAAGAUUUCCUUAUUUAUUGUGAUAAACCAGUGUAACUUAUGAUCCAGAAUGCACUUUUUUCGGCACUCAUUCCAUUGUUAAGAGUCACAAUUCAUAUAAAACCUUAUCGUUUUAUGGGUUUCAUUACAUAAUUGUGAUAUACAUAACGAAAAUAUGAUAUUAACUAUGCUAUGACAAGCUAUUAAAUGCACAACUUGCAGCACAUAAAAUUGAUACGUUAAUGAUCUAGUGGAUAUGUUUGCUGACUGAAUGAAUCUACUGAAUGAUAUAAACGUAAGCUCAUCAAAAGUGUAUAACAUUAUAUUAUGUUAGAGAAUCAUACCUAACUCACAACUUAUUAAACUUGUGUAUUCUUAUAUAGUCUUGUGACUCAAUCGUCUUGUAAAGAUGGGAAAAAGAGAGUGUCAUAAUGUAAAUCUGACUUAAAUUGUGAGCUAGACUUGCAAUGUUAUUAUUAAAAAACUAACGUAUAUUUGACAUGAGUAUUUCAGCUUUUUCGCUAGGAGUUCUCUUAUUCAGAGAAUGAAAAAUGUUGCAGUCGGGGACUGCUUGGUAAGAAAUACAUUUGUCAUAAAUGUAUUCCAUGCCAAAGGCUCAAUCGGAUCCUUUGAUCCAAUUAAAGAUAAAAACUUGCAUCUAGAUUUUGAAAACAUGAAAUACUCUUCAUAAAAGUAAACUGUAGCUACUCUGUUAUUUAAAAAAAGUCAAUCGCUGUGAAAUCUAGAAAUUACAUAUGACCUACUUCUUAACUUAUACAUGUACCGUACGUGUAAAUGAAAGAUGAGAAAUUGUUUGAUCUUCGUGUGAUAUAAUCAUGAUGUCUAUAAUAUUAAUUUAACAAAGAAAAAAAGAAUUAUUGUAAAUCUUUUUCACCAAGUAGUGGAGUAGUAACUUGUGACAUAGUUCAUUGUUGUACAAAAUUUAGCCAACUUUUGAAUGUCUUGUGAAAAAUAAUACAUUUUAUGUGAGCUAAAUGGCUGUAGAUAUCUUGCUCUAUGUAGAUCUGUAUUGAAGUAAAACUAGAUAAAACUAAGAGUAGUAAAUAAUAGAACCGUACGAUUGUAUAUUGUAGUACAUGGACGUGCCCUUUAUGACUUUCAGGUUGUCACGGCGACGGAGCAACAAUGCCAUCUUAAGUAUUUAUUCAUUUGAAACAUUUGCUUUUGUAGUCAUGAUAACUUGAUACAUCUCCUAGCUAUUGUACAUGAACUACUAUUAGACUAGUGCAACCCGUGUUUGAAUCUCUUCAUACCACUUCCUCAGACAAUGCUUGGGUAGGCAUCAUCUGCGGAGAGCCAGAGGGGCGUUCAUUCCUAUCGUUUAGAACAGAGUAAAUGCCCUUCUUGCUAUCAACAGACAGUGUAAGAUAGGGAUGCAUGGUAGGCUGUUGGUAAUAUAGCAGAGAUAAUCAACUACACUGCAGUGAUAACAACAGAAAAAGGAAAUUCGCAGUUGACUCAAGGUUCCUAAGAAUGAAGAAUGAAGUCCACAAGACUUGUGGUCCAACAGGCAUAAGGUCUACAAGGCUUAAAGCUUAUCUGCCGUAGUUUACAGGAGGGAUUAGACUGCCCUGCAAGGUCACUGGACAGGUGGUUAUCUCAUCAACUCAGCUCUCAGUUUACAUAAGAAAAAGAGGAUCAUGGGGGACCAAUGGUCACCAAUUAGGCAUUGUUUGUUAUAUAGAGGGUGCAAGUAGCUACAAGUAGUGCAGUGGGCCUUUAAGGUCCUGAUUCCCAGUUGACUGUAACAGAAGGUCUGUGUACCAUUAGUUUCAGAAGAACAAACAUUUCAAUCUUCUGGAUUUUCUGGAUACUCGUUGGAAGGUUACAAGACCAAAAUCUUAAAAUCCUAGAUCCUAUACCUUGAAGGCCACACCUCACCAUUGUGGUGAUGAAGAUACAGUAGCUAGUGUUGUGUGGCAGGAUUAAGGGGGUCCCAUGGAUAGGUCCUUGGUCAACUGCAAGAAGGGAAAUACGGGUGCAGACAAACUCAUUUGAAAAGGCAUUGAACGCUGCUGUAAAUAUUGAAUAUGAAUUAUAAAAAAGGCAUGUGCUAUAAUGUGUAACGUGUAGCAUCUAGCUUGCAAACGUAGCUCUUUGCUAGUCUAUAUAAACCUCAUUGCGUGAGUGUCUUGUGAAAAAAAAAGUGAUAGCAAUGAAUAUACCAAUGUCUCAAUAGUAUUCAUAUUAUUCAAAUGAGUGCUGUACAAACGUCAAUUAAUUGUAUACUAUGUGUGCUUUAUGAAUAUUCAUAUAUUGAUAUUCCGUUAGGGGGUUGGCAAAGAGUGAUAUGUGGAGUUGAUUCUUAGUUUCGGGAGAGGGGUGGGAGUCACAUUUUUGUUUGAAAAUUUAUUUUGGUAUGGUUUUCUUAUGAUGGAAAAUUUAUUGGUAGUUAAGAGUUAGGAUCACGGUUAAUUGGGAAUUCAUGUCUUUUCAAAGUUUCGAUACAUAUUCUGGGAGAAUCAAAAGAAGAGAAAGUAAGAUUUUUUCUAAAAAUAAAGGGAAAAUGCUAUGAUCUUUUAGUGGGAAAAAGGUUAUUUUUCUUAAAUAAACAAGGACUGAUUUUGGAGGUUUUAAGAUGAGAGAUAACUUGUGCUUCUCUUUACUAUCUGUUUAUAUGAAACAGUACUUUUUGUGACCAUUACUUAUCAUUAUGUGAGAAAAACUAAUUUAUUGUAUUUUUCAUCUAGUUUAAAUCACAUGUUAAUAGUGUAAUUGAGUUUUGAAAAUAUGCUAAAUCUUGUCGUUUGAUGUACAUGUAGCUUAGAAAUGUUUAAACGAUAUUGAUGAGUUUUCCAUACACAACUACUUACUGUGUGUCAUACUUAAUACAUGUCUUUUCCAGUGUUAUGACAGUAUCAAUGUGGAUAGCAAUUUGAGUUUGAAAACAUAUCUGAAACCCAAGUGUGGUAUGGAACAUUCUUUGUGGUUCAUUUCUUAACCAAUUAAGUUAGGCAUUUUGUUUUGUCACUUGUCCAGAAUUUUGUUACUCAAUGUAAACAAACGCAGUAGACGUACAAGUGCUCUGUGGCUACAAUAAUUUCGUUUCCAUCGCAGCAUUGUAUGGAGUUUUGUUGAUAUCUGUUAUUUGAGGAGCAAAAUCAGGUAUUUUUUUAAGUGCUAAUAUCUUUUAAACCAGCAUUACAUUAUAUUUCCUAUGUGGCUGUUUUAGCACACAAGCUGAAUUUCUGAGUAUUUCUUCUUCUCUUAUGUGGUUUUAUUUGUUGUAUAUAAGAAGCUUAAAAGUAAUAUUCCUCAAAGAGUGAUAUCUAUAUGUAUUUUAAUUCUUUGUGUUCUGUCAGUUUGCCAAAAAUGUUGUACGCUUAGUACUUUAACCGUCUUGUAUUCUGCGACUGGUGUGCACAAAAGUGGUUUAUGUAAGGAACAGGCAGGUUUCACAAAAUCGUCCUAAGGACAUGUUUGCAGACAACCUGUUCAAACAGGUGUAUUAAAUUCAACACCCGUUCCAAUGGGAUGUCAGUGAAAUUGGAGCUAGUCUGUUUUGAAUAUGGGAUGUGACUUUGAUGGCAGAUUUGAGUAAACCAUGGAUCUGAGAUCGUUGUUUCGUUACAAGGGCCAUGAUUCAAGUCGGAAUCUGCUUGCUUGCUCCAGCUGAUCGCGGUCAUCGUGAUACAGGUACAGUCAAACCUGUCUAGUAAGGUCACCCAAGGGAAACAGAGGAAGUGACCACAGGUGGCCUUUAGACAGGUUUCCUCCUAGAAGGUGAUCACUAUAGACGGGUUUGACUGUACAUUUUCAAAAUCAGUGGGGUUUUAAUGCAUAUAUUAAACCUCCUUUGUGCAAACUAGUUUGAUUUUUGUUGUUUUUAUUUAUGUAUGGGGAGAUAAAGAAAGAAGAUGGACAUUUCAAAUUGUAAGGAUAUUUCAUAUAUAUUUUGGGCCAUUUCAAUGAAUGAAAGUAAAGUACUUCAUUUUGGGUUAUAAUUCAUUAGUAAUGAUUUAACUGAAUAUUUAUAUUUGGGUUAGUUAUGGAAAUGUGGAUAUAAUCUUUUAAAUUUGGACAUGUAACAUGUAUUUACUUUACAGACUGAAAUAUUAAAAAAAGAAAUGGAGAAUUUUUGUUGUUGAUCCACAGUUAAAUGCUUGGAAGAAAAUCAACACUGAGCGGCACCAAUACCUUUUCUACAAAUUUUAUUUGCAGUUCAUAAACUUGGGUUUUUGUGUUUAAAAAUGGGACAAAGGCUUUGGAUGUAAACAAGACCCAAAAUUUGAUCUUGGGACCAAUUUUAAAGCAGUAACAUUCUUGGAGAUACAAUUACAUUUGGGAAAGAAGGGCUUUAAAUCAGAAAAUUGGGUGGGGUUUGGGAAAAGUCUACUGGCUUUCAAAGAGGAAAUUGCUGUCUCGCAAAAUGUGGAAGAGAUGUUAUUGAAGUAUUUACCGUACUGCUUAUGUAUUCAGUCCCGUUUGAAAGAAAAAUAUGUGCUUCAAUAUCAAUUACGGUAUAGCUGUUAUAUGAGUUUAUUCUGUGUAACAUGCAUUGUCUAGAGCUGCAUAUUCUCAAUAAUUUGUAUCAUUUUUUCUCCUUAAAGGCGGUCUUGCCUUGAAAAAAAGUGGAAAAUUAAAAAAAAGUUUUCAUUGUGUUUGUCUUCAGUA